CACACUGCCUAAAAUAUCCUUCGUGACGUGGACUGAACUGUAGCACAGCAGGUCAUGCGGUCAAUAUGUCCACAAGCGAUAUGUCCCGUACGCUGGACAUCCUCCGGUUGCUGUAUCAGCACACACAGACACUUGAAGAGUUUGUGAAAGGCAUUGUGUUCAGAGAGGGACAGAGAAUAGUGCUUAUUGAACAGUCCGACCAAAACCGCUUUAAGUCUUUCGUGCAGGGUAUUUUUGUAUGCUUUGACAAGGAACUACAGCAAGUACCAAGCUGCAACCAGAUUUGUACUCUGCCUGAACUUCUGGCCUUCCUGCUUAACACCCUCAAAAGAAAAAGAAAGAGGAACGUCUUGGCCCAUGGCUACAAUCUGCUGUCCCUGGCUCAGGAGGAGCGGGAUGCAGACCACUUCAAAUUCCAAGGAGAUAUCACACAAAGCGCUGCUUACAUCCAUGGAAGUGACCUGUGGAGAAAAGUCUGCACGCGUCUCGGCACAGACAUCACACGCUACCUGUUGGAGAGCUGUUCUGUGUUUGUGGCUGUCCCUCCAUCAUGUCUUUUCCAGGUAUGCGGUGGUCCUGUCUAUGACAGAGUAUCGAUGACUACUGCGUCCACCGGGUUUAACCUUCAACCUCGGUCCAAAAGACACCACAGAGCUCAUUUGAGAAGGAAUGCAGGUGCAGGGAUUUUGAAAAGGAGCCAGGAAAUUCAGAAUCCUAGUCGCGGAAAGAAAAGGAGCGAUAGGGAUAUGAGGAUAAAGAACAGGAAAAGAAAGAGAGAAAUUGAGGAGCGUGAUGAGGAGGGAGUUAUGCCUCCUUCAGCAAAGAAGAGACAGAUAGAACAGCAAGGACCCACGAAUGAAAGCCAACAGGUUUGCUUUAAAACAUUAGAGAAACAGCAGCCAGAGUCAGUGGAACCAACACUGUUAACGAAGCCUUCAGAAAAUAGUUUGACAGGUUCCAAACAGCAUGCUGAAACGCAGCCAACCACACUGCCCUUGGAAGGAGGACCCAGCUGGAGAUCGGGGAUUCCCCCCCCUCCUUCUCCUUCACAGUGUUUGAUCCGCACUCUUGGAUUCCUGUAUGGGGGAAAGGGGAUACGCGGCUUCCUUCUCAAUAGGAAGAAGAAGAGUGCUAAUGGAGGCAAAAGGCUUCAGGGGCAAGAUUUGGUAAGAAUAGUCUUUUUUGAAGGACUGCCUUAUCUGAACGGCCUGGAAAGAAAGCCAAAGAAACUCCCCAGACGCUUUUUUAACAUGGUCCCCCUGUUCAGCCAGGUGUUGCGUCAACACAGGAAAUGUCCCUACAGCAGAAUACUGCAGCGGAUGUGCCCGGCGGUUGAGGUGACUGAUGCAGGACAAGGGAAGCUAAGCUCCUUCUUGCCUCAGCACUGCGCGCCUCACAGGGUCUACAUGUUUGUGAGAGAAUGCCUCUCCGCUGUGAUCCCUCAGGAGCUGUGGGGCUCUGACCACAACCGACUUCAUUUCUAUAGCAGAGUCAGGAGCUUCCUGCGCAGUGGCAAGUUUGAGAGGCUCUCGUUGGCUGAGCUGAUGUGGAAGAUGAAGGUGAAUGACUGUGAUUGGUUGAAGAUCAGUAAAACGGGCAGGAUCCCGCCCAGUGAGCUCUCAUACCGCACACAGAUCCUGGGCCAGUUCCUGGCAUGGCUUCUGGACGGUUAUGUAGUCGGCCUGGUUCGAGCCUGUUUCUAUGCCACUGAGAGUGUGGGUCAGAAAAAUUCCAUCCGGUUUUACAGACAGGAAGCCUGGGCAAAACUGCAAGACUUGGCCUUCAGGGGUCACCUUUCCAAGGGUCAGAUGGAGGAGUUGACUCCAGCUCAGGUGGCAGCCCUCCCCAAAUCCACCGUCAUCUCCCGCCUCCGCUUCAUCCCCAAGACAGACGGCAUGAGGCCUAUCACACGAGUCAUGGGAGCAGACGCCAAAACCAGGCUCUACCAGGUGCGUGUUAGAGACUUGUUAGACAUGCUGCAUGCCUGUGUGCGCUCCACUCCUUCCCUCCUGGGCUCCACAGUGUGGGGGGUGACAGAUAUUCACAAGGUGAUGCGCUCUGUAGCUCCGGCCCAGAAGGAGAAGCCACAACCACUUUACUUUGUUAAGGUAGAUGUGAGUGGAGCCUUUGAGAGUCUGCCUCAUGAAAAACUCAUUGAGGUGAUCGGCCAGGCUCUUUCCCCCGUCCAAGAUGAACUCUUCACCAUCCGCCGCUAUGCCAGGAUCUGGGCCGAUUCCCAUGAGGGCUUGAAAAAGUCCUUUUCUAGACAGGCAGAUUUUCUGGAUGACAACAUGGGAUCUACCAACAUGAAAGGCUUUGUGAUGUCACUGCAGAAAAGCAGCAGAGUUCACCACGCCAUACUGGUAGAGCAGCAUUUCAACUCAGAUCUUCAUGGCAGAGAAGCCGUGCAGUUCUUCACCCAAAUGCUAACUGGCAGUGUUGUUCAGUUUGGGAAGAAAACAUACCGACAGUGCAGAGGGAUUCCUCAGGGCUCUGUCGUGUCCAGUCUGCUCUGCUGCAUGUGCUAUGGCCACAUGGAGAACAGUCUGUUCAAAGACAUCACUGGAAAGAAAGGAUGUUUAAUAAGGAUGGUAGAUGACUUCCUUCUGAUAACACCAGACUUACAUGAAGCUCAAGCCUUUCUCAGGGUCUUGCUGGCCGGGGUACCACAGUAUGGUCUGGUGGUCAACCCCCAGAAGGUUGCAGUCAACUUCCAGGUGUCAGGGACUGUGGACUCUUGUCCCGACAUCCGUGUGCUCCCCCCUCGCUGCCUCUUCCCCUGGUGUGGACUGCUACUUGACACCCACUCACUGGAUGUCUACAAAGAUUAUUCAAGCUAUGCAGGUCUGUCUUUGCGCUACAGUCUUACCCUGGGCUCUGUCCACUCAGCUGGACAGCAAAUGAGGAGGAAGCUGAUGUCUAUCCUCAGACUCAAGUUCCAUGCUUUGUUCUUGGACCUGAAGACCAAUUCUCUCCAGGCGGUCUACAAGAACAUCUACGAGCUGGUGCUGCUUCAGGCCUGCAGGUUCCAUGUGUGCGCUCUGAGUUUGCCCUUUGGUCAGACCGUUGCCAAGAACCCCAUGUACUUCCUGCAGAUGAUAUGGGACAUGGCCGAGUAUGCAAAUCGUCUCAUCAGGAGCAGCAACAAAGGACUAAGUUUGGGCAGUAAGGCCCAGACCGGCAUUUUGCAGUAUGAAGCAGUGGAGCUGCUGUUCUGUCUUUCCUUCUCCUUGGUGCUGACACCUCACCGUCCUCUAUAUAGGAGUCUCAUCUCACACCUGCACAAACGUAUGUAACCCUCAUGUGUAACAACAUUACACAAGAACUAUCCUAUGGAAGCACAAUUGUAAUGAAAUCUUCAUUUUAUUAAUAAUAAAGUUUAUAUAGCAUAUUUUAUAUGAAAGAAAUGCAAUAGGCUGUAGAAUAGAAAUUGCAUCAUUUAAAAACACAGCAGAAUAUAUUCUUACAUGUGUAUAAAUACUUAAAAAAGGUCAAAGAAUGUAUCCAAGAAAAGGCUGCAGAAAUUAGAUGUAUUAAUCAUCAGCUUUUAAACUUGCCAGGAACGCCACUGAUCUUUAAAAAAGGACUUUGUGAGAGAUAGUGACAACCAAACAGGUUUAGGGACGCCAUGAUCUUCCAGGAACACAAACACAGUUAUUGCAAUCACUUAAUUUGAGUUUACUGGUAUCAAAAACAUUCAAGUGAAGAAAUGUUAAAGGACAAUAAAUAGGAACAUCUUUGAAUCGGUCAUCCUCUUGGCAGGGAAGCGCAGUCUGGAGCGGCGUUUGGGGGACCUGAGGCUAGCCAGGGUCCGACAGGCGACCCAUCCCAGGAUCCCGGAGGAUUUCUUUGCCAUCCUGGUGUAGAUCAACAGCUUGAUCCAAAAAAAAACAUCUCGCAACAACACAACUGCAAAAACUCUCUUCAGCCCUGAGUUAUUGGUAAGCAGUUCAGCUUUGUGCCCAGAAUGUGUAUGUUGUGAGAUUUAAUCUGUUUUUUUUCUCUCUCUCUCUCCCCAAAAAAAAAAAAAAAA